UUGAAAGGUGCGGUGUCCGAUGUUUCGCUUCCCUGCGCAGGAGUCGAUUUUUUGUUGAAAAGUGUAUUAUGUUUAAGUCGGUUGUGGACUGUGGGUGCAGUACAUUUCUUUUGCUAGUUUUCUUUUAAAGUCGGGUAGAGAUAUUGUGUGUUCAUGUUUAGAAUUGUGCUGGUUUUGUGUAAAUGUGAUAUGAAGGUGAAUUAUACGAGGUUAGAGGAAGAUUGCCGGAGUGAGUCGGCUCUGAACAGCCCAACGGAGCCUGACGUAUCGCUUGCGGCAUCUCUUACCGAUCCUCUGGAGGCGCACACCUUGGAGGAGGCGCGCAGGAGUAUCAGAGAUCUUCGCAUGAAGUAUCGCGCUCAAGCUCACCAGCUCCUAACAUGGCGCCGCGCGCACCGAACUCAAGAGGAACUAGUCACACGCCUUCAGAAAGAAAAGGCGGAACAACUCAAAUCUCUCUCUAGCCAACUUCUUCUCUUCGAAUCGCGACUCGUUCGGAAGCAGAAGGAAAUUUCCAGCAUGCUCGCACUACGCGAGACUAUCAUCAUGAAGCAACAGAAAGUUAUCGAAUCUCUCCAAGCUAAGCUUUUAGAUAACGGUAUCGAAUCUCAGAACAUUCCAGACUUCAGAGACAUGCUACAAGAUACCCACCUCACAGGAGACUUCGACUCACUCAAUGACUCCGACUCCGCUGUGAUCAUGGAAGAUGUUGACUUCGAUAGCAGUAACACUCCUCAUGUGCCAAGGUUUAGGUCGACAAACCCUGACAGCGUGACCAUUGUCCGGUCAAUAUCGGAUGCCAUAGAUCCCAACCUGAAGUACAAUGUAGUGCGGCGAUCAAAUGGCUUCCUCCGACGACCAGAGAUUCUGGAAACAGUAUACAGCGUCGAAGAAGAAGCUGAUGGAGAUUCUACUAAAGGUUUAAGUGCUCAGAACAGCACGGAGAAGGAACUGAACGAUGCCAACAAAACUGAUGAAGAGAAAUACAAAGAGACGAGUCUCCUCGCUCAAAGGCGGGAUAACUUUCGAAUGAGGAGCGUAGUCCUUACAGCUGAGGUGAAGAGCAUAGAUAAUGACAAGGAGCUAAAACCGAAGAAUGGUAAGGAGGUAUGGUCGUACAGCUAUGUGCCAAAAAGGAUGACUCCGGCUAACGAGUCUGAUGACGAGGGCACCUCGAACGCUGAGAGUGACGAGGAGCCUGAGCCGAAAUCCAACCACGUGGUGACGUACAACCGAGUGAUGUCCAACCACCGGAACGUGACCAAGCCGAAGGAUGUGAAGUACAAGAGGAUAAACAAGGCCAAGUCCAAGAGCUUGGAGGAAUUGCGAGGGAGGCUAAAGAACUGGGUGGACAAGGGGAACAAGCUGACGAACUUACCUCUCGAGCACGCGCAAAGUUACGCCUAAGCUGAAAGUUCCUUUAAUUAAGUGCCGAGUCCUGCGUGAACCGCUUCACAAGUAAACAACGUUUUACUUGUACAUCACAGAUAAAGUAGAUCACAAAUUAACCGUAGUAUCGAAGUACCUUUUAAAGUAAGGGUUGUUAUGUAACCAGCUUUAUGUCGGAGGCAAAUCUAUUGAAGAAAAUAUUCUUGAUACUCAAACUAUUGUAAAUAAAUAUUUCUUGUAUGUUUAAUAGAUAUUGUGCAACAUUCGUUAGGGUUUCGUUUCCAAGUUCUCUAUUGUUUAAGAACUGAUUUUAUUUAGGGAUACUUCUAGAAUAAUUUAUUUACAAAGAUGGACAUAUUUACUCGUGGUAGUGAAACUAUAGGGAAAACUAUUGUUGUGUAUAUUGUUGUUCUCUUUGAUAUUCUUGAUGUGUACAGGUUUUUUAAUGAAUCUUAUUGGCCUAGAAGAUAUAUUUUAAUACCUAGAUACGAAAUAUAUUCAUGUUUACAAUUUUGAGCUUAAAUGGACAGUGUAAAUUCGAUGUUAAAUGUAAUCAAUCAAUAUUAGACACAGUUAUUUAUAUAAUUCGCUUGCCCUCAGAGGUUUUGACGCAAAAUAUUAUAAUCGAGUAGUCAUUCAUUCUCUUGUUAAAAUAGAUUUCAUUUUAAAUAGUACAAAUGAUGUUGAAAGUUCUAUAAACAAUAGAAAACUAAGAAAAAUAUAUAUAUUUUCGCGCGCACGACUGAUUUUGAGUAUUUCAUUUAAAAUAAUUUUUAAAAAAUGUAUGAAAAAUUCGCUUGAUUGGAAUUGAAAAAUCUCCUGUGAUUUUGUGAUCGUCUCGUCAUAUUGUUUUCGCCAAUUCGUAUUCGUAUAUAAGAUAAAAAAUUAUAUAAAUGAGAAUAAUAGAAUUAUUAUUCUAG